UGGGCGGCCUCAGUCGUGUUUUUGUUGUGCCCGUGCCCGUUCGCGCGUGUCCUGCUGGCUGCUCUCCGUCGUCCUCGCCGCUCGACAGCCCAGCACACUAGAGCAGAGCUCGGGAGCUGCAGUUCGCCACGCGUCCGCGCCUAUAAAAUAUGAAUUUCUACCAUUUUUCUACUCGUCGGCAGCAUUAAAAAACGAAACGAAUACAAAAAAAAAACGCGAUACGCAAAGUAAAAAAAAAAGAAAAGGGGAAAAGUAAGGACUAACGCCCACGCGAGAUGUUUGUGUGCAAAGAAUGCGGUUAAUAAUUGAUUCAGUUGCUAUCCCCAACUGGCUGCAACGAAGGAAGCCCUUUGCUGAAUAAAUAAUGCAAAAAUUGCAGUGCAAAUGUAAUAUGGAAUUACAAUCACAGCCGUAUCAAGUUAUUUAUCCAUUCAACAGCAAAUUUUAAAUGGAGCCGCAGCAAAGAACACAAAAAGAACACCCGUGUGCAAUAUAAAAAUUGAGUAAAACAAACGAAAGCCAUGAAUUGGAAAACUGCAACAAAUGUGAUAUGAAACACUAAUAAAAUAUAAAUAAAGACACUUUUAGUAAACAACCAAAUCAACGUUAAUUAAGCCUCGGAAAAUGGCAGCAGCGGAAAGGCAACGAGAAAUCAAAAUGAGCAUAUAUUGUGUGGGCUUGACUUUUAUAUAGCUAGCGAUAAUGACAUUUAGUGCUACAACAACAAAACAUAACAAGAAAGCUUUAAAUAUUUUUUCUACUUACUAAAACUUAAAUUAACUGCACCAAAUGUGAUCGAACCAAAAUAAUAUAUUGAACAACCAAUAAGAGUUACUUCAACAAUAAAAUUCGACAACGACAUUGCCUUCUCUCAUUGUAGCCUAAACGAAAUAAACUCUAAAACUCAACUUCGUUGCCACUAACGUUAAUUACUAGUAUAAGCGGAAUACAAAACGAAAAAGAAUAAAUAAAUAAGUUAAAUAACUAAUAACUAAACUCGAAGACUUUUCUACGUGCAACAAAAUUGAUAAAAACUAGGAAAUGCAUAGACUAAGGCGAUCAAUCACUUACCUUUACGACGCAGUGCGCCUACGUUAACGCUGCGCUAACGGCAACGGUCAAUUCAUAGAUAUUAAUAAAUGUUUAUAGCUUUCAAUGCCAAAAUCCAAACGAAAAUGAAAUCGCCUACGAAUACAAUGCUGCGCGACGUGAACGCUACGUAGCAAAAGGCCAGGCGUUGCGUUACGUUACGCUCCGCUACGUAACGAUAAAUAUCCAUAGCAGAGCCCGAGCCCGCAUCCGUUUCCCGAUCUCCACGCCGUUUAUGAACCAGGAGGACUCGCAGGAGCGCCGCAGGACGAGUCGCCGGCGCAGCCAGAAGCAUCACCGCUGGAAACCGGAGCCACCACAGCAACCACAACAACAACGACUUAACGGAGCUAGAAUAGCAGCCGACCACUGGCGAUCAACGCAGCCCAUCCUCAGCCCGCCACUCAACUGCGCCAGCCAUUCGAGGCUGACGCAGUUUUCCAACCGCCACAGCUACAGAAACCCCAACAACAACCACCACAAGAACUACAGCACUACACAUAGAAAUCUGUUUUAAAAAAAAACCAAAAAAAAAAUAUUACUCUUUGCUUCUAUUUCUAUACUCCUCCUCUUUGUGCCUAUCAGUACGUUCUCGUAGUUGUUGAGAAAGUUGAGAAAGUAAACGGACUGAACGCACGCCUUUUGGAUGCUGCCCUCACGACUCACGUAACGCCCAGACGUGACAUUUAGUUUGGACGUUAUUAAGCUCCUAAACGUAACCUGUGUCAUCCCAUUGAUUUCGAACUGUGAACGCAACUCGACCACGCCCCACGCAACGGCUACGCCACUGCACCACUGACGUGACGCAUACGCACCGUUGACAGCAAACAAGUAAAAAAAUAAGAAAAGAACUUUAACCGUAAACAAAAGAAAAAAAAACAACACCAAGAUGCAGGCCGCAUUGAUGCUAAGAUCGAAAUCUCGGGUGGCGAGAAGAAGAAAGCUACGAAAAUUAGGUGGAAGACUUGAGUUGCCUAGUAAUGUAGCAACUAAAGAAAUAGCUCCAUUUCCUCGUUAUCCACCUGAGUCAUGGAAAAACACAUACGUGACCACGCCUGUGGCGCCACCCGAGCCGCCUCCGCCACCGCCGGAAUGCGCCCAAGGACGUGCCGCCUGGCUGGAGCGGGGCCGACGCUGCAGCGUCCAGGAUCAGCAGCAGCAGCAGGCCACCUGCCACCGACGCUGGGUGAAGCGCAACCGAAUCCAAGACGCCUCUUUGGGCGGCUCGUCGGACGAUGAGGAUUUCCUGGGCGUUCUACGCGGUCCCAGCACCUUUGCGAAUGCCUUUCUCUACGUGGGUCUGGGCACGGUGGCGCUUGGCCUCGUCAUCGCAUUCGUUGGCACCGGCGAGAAGGGCUUCAAAACCACGGAACUAAGACUUAUAGGCCCCUCUCUCAUAGGAUUGGGCCUGAUCUGUUGCAUUUUACGCAUCCUCUUCUGCAUCUGUCCAUCGCACUGCAUCUCAUCCAGCAAAAAGACGCGCAAGAAAAACGGCAAUAAGAUUGAUGCGGAUCACACAACUUCGUUGCUACGGAACGAGAGCAAAAGAGUUUCGAUAGCGAGAGGACCCAGUUUUCAGCCCAAAUAUCCUAUAGCGCACAAACGCAGCCAGAGCAAAAUGCUCAACGAGGGAAUGGAGGCACUGCGCCAGAUAGCCACCACAUCCUUGUUCAUGCAGAACGAGCAGAAGACGGCCAUCAAUCGCGUGGUGCCGAUCAUCAACGAGCCGGAUAGCGGCGAUGCACCACUGGAGAUGAAGAAACUGCACACGGCUCUGAACGCCUGCGAGAUGAGUGACGAGGAGCAGGAUCAGUAUCAGGAUCAGGAGCAGCAGCAGCAGCAGAAGCAGAUUGCCAAACGUACAACAGCCACAACUGCCGUUACGAGUAGUACCACCAAAGACCCAACAUCAGGAGCAGCAGGAGGAGGAGCAGGAGCCACAACAUCGAGGAUAACGAGAGCCACCACCCUGAGCACGGUGGAUGAGAAGCCCGACAGCAAGUUGGUGCGGCAGCGUGUGGCCUUGCAACAACAGCGGCAGCAGCAGGAGCAGCAACAGCAUGUGCCCAAGUCCCAGUCGCUGUCCUCCUCCUCCACGGUCAAGGAUUCGCUGGAGGUGGUGGAGGAGACGUCUCUGAUCGAUGCCAGCGAUGAGGCGACACCUGUUGCAGUUGCUCUUCCACCAGCAACACAACCAGCAGCAGCAACACCAAUGCCCAGUAGCUGCAGUACGGGUGCGAUACCACGGCUCAACCGGCCGGGCAUCUCCACGGGUGCCACGCCCAAGACGACGACCACGACGACAACGCCCACCAUCACGGCACGGCUGCCCACGUCGCAGUCGCAUCCGACGAGCUAUGACCUGCCACCGGCCCUGCCGCACACCUAUUCCGCAACGGCGACGGUACGCGGUCCGCUGGGCAUGUCCAUGAGCAGCUCCGCGGGUAAAGUGAUCGGAGGAGGAGGAGGAACUGCCUUCACAAUGCCGCCCACCACAACAACGAUUAGUCUGCUACCGCUGCCGGCGCCUCCAGCGGCCACCACAACAACAACAACAACAGCCACCACGAUGGCCAGUAUUCCCGGCCAGGUGCUGGAGUCCAGCGGAGUCACGAGUCUGAGUCUGAGCUUGAUGCGACCGGCCACCGCAUCCGGUGUGGUACUGGGCGGAUUGACCACCUCAUCGUUCAGCAACACCACGGAUCACCAGAAAUCACAUCCGUCAUCCGCCGGAUCGGUAAUGGGGCGUGGCAGCAGCCUCCUGCUGUCACCGCCCUCGGCGGCAGCGACGUCAUCCUCGGCGACGUCGAGCAAAUUCGAGCCAGAAUUGGUGCUCAGUCCGGCUAAACUUGGCCAGUAGAAUUAAAUGGGAUUUAGUUACGAUUUUAGUUAGCCACCAGGUCUAUAUGUGUGUAUGUCUAUAUUCUAGGCGCGAGUAUGUGUGCAAAAGUGAGAAUGUGUGUGUUUUAGAGCAAUGUAUGUGUGUGUGUUUCAGAAUGAGAAUGAGUAGAGUUUAGAUACCUACAUAUGUACCCUAAAACUAUCUUUUGAAUGUGCCACAAGAACCACUUAGAGAAAAGAAUACACCUCUUAACUGAAACUCUAAAAAAGGUCAUGUUCUGAAACCGAAAUCAAUUGGCUAUCCGUUAAUCCUAAACCAUACUAUACAUUUUCCCAUUUAGAACAUGACUGUGUUACUUCUUUUCACUUACGAAUCGUAACAGAAACUGAUUACCUGUAUAUUUCCCGAGGCUUACCUCCUCCAUAGUUCGCUAAGCCACUUGAUUUCUAUGCCUAUCUGUUGGAUGUAUCAUCCACUCUAAAGCUACCGACUCUUUCCCUGACUUUUUAGAUCUGUUCCUCAGGCUUCAGGUGGCAUAACAAUCGCCCAAGUGCUCAGCAAAAAGUUGCCAACCUGCGCUGUUCUAAGCUAUCCCAAAACAAAAAACAUAGCCAGGGUAUUAUAAAGUUUGUAUACCAAACAUAUCGUUAACUAAAUAAACAAACCAAACUAACACUAAAUAUAAUACGAAACCAAAAAAAAAAACAAAAUAAACUUGGAGCGGAGACGAUCGUCGUCCAAAUUGACAAAAAUUUAUAAAAAUAAAAGAUGAAAAAUGAACAACUAACUACAAAACCAAUUAGAUAUGUAUCGAAAAAUUUUAGGGGACCGCUAGACCCAAGCAAAGCUAAAUGUGCAAACAAUAUCUGGAAUAUGUACGGGUGCGUGUUUCUAUAAAAUCCAAUUCAAACCAAAAAACCCAGAGAGUUCAAAAAGUAUUAGGCAAUGGUGUUGGCGCUCUAGAAACAAUCGUUGAAAGAGCUUUACCAAGUAUACAAAAUAGGAAUUCUUAAAUUCGUCUUACUUCUGCUAUAAAUUUCAAACAAACUUUAAAUGCAAAAUUUCAAACUGUUCUAUUUAAUGUAAUAUUUCUAACAUUUUUAAGGCACUUUUUGAUGCUUCUGCUAAAUUCAAAAUAAAAUAGGUAAUUGCUUGCUCUUUCAACCGGUACGUCCGCCAGAUAAGUGGGCCGAAUGAUAUAUAAAAACUAAUGUAAACCGAAUCCAAUAGAAUCGAAUGUGGCCGUUAAAUUUAAAAAAAGAAACGCAAAUAAUUAAAUGUAACAACCCUGAAACAAAAUGUGUAAGAUGCAUGUACAGCAAACAAAGCAGCAGCCAGGCAUAGAAAAUUAUAAACAAACAUUAUGAAUUAGUAUGUAUGUAUACUAUAUGUGCAGAAAUUAAAAUGAAAUAUAAAAGAA